GUACCUGUUGUUGUCUCGGCGUUGCUGGCUGGACUUUCCCCGUAGAUCUGACAUUAGUGAUCCGACGCUCGGAGGAAAAUGUUUUCGAAAGUUGCCGAUUUCGCUAGGAGGCAUCGCAAGAAGCUCAUCUUCGGCGGUCUGGUUGCAGGAGGCAUGUAUGCGGCGCACCGAUAUCUGUCCAGUUUGGAGGAAAACCGGCAGAAGAUCCGGAAGGAGAUCAUGGACGAGAUGAAACGAGCCGAGCACUUUAAUUCCAUAUUGAAAACAUCGGAUCAGUCCGUCUUGAAUCUGCUUGAGACCCUCCGCAAGAAACUCGAUGCAGAGUUGGGUGUCGAGGAAAUCUUGGAGAAAGUCCGAGCGAAACCAGAGAAUCGCAUCUUUCUGUGGGAUGAAAUCAAAAUUCGAGUCUUGACUUACGGCCUCGCAUCAGUCUACGCCGAAAGCUUGCUCAUCUGCGCGCUGAGGACGAUGAUGGGGAUCAUAGGCGGUUACAUGCUCGCGAAUUCAAGGCGGAAAUCCAACCAGGCGAACGAAGUCCAUAGCGCUUACUUGAACAUGCUCCAGAACUUCCUCGACAAAGGAGUGCUCGAGGUGAUACGGGUCGUCAAGAUCCAUGUUUUGGCUGCAUUCGGUCCCAUCGAAUUGAAGCAAGUUGUCACCGCGGACGACUUCCUUCUGGGAUUCAAUUUCGUGAGAACGAACGUGAAGAUCAUUGAGAACGCUCCGGCCUAUCUGAUGAUGGACCAUUGGACGCCGGCGUGCACGUCACAGGAGAAUCCGCUGUCGAACUCCGAAAUCCUCAAUCAACUAACCUCCGAUACGAGAGACAUCUUGCAAUGUAAUGACUGCCAAGCCGUUCUGGAGCGUCUGAUAGGCUCCGGUUUCCGAGACCUGAACGCUAUUGUGACGAAGGCUUUCGGCUAUGUCGGAGACGGGAAGUGCCAUCUCGUCACUCUGUUGCCAUCCUUGAAAACAGAGAUCUACAAACGGGACAGCGGUUUCGUGAAGGAAAGUCUGAACAGCGCCUGCUCGAAGGAUUUCUUGGCCAAUGUAUACGAGGCGUUCUGCAACAAUCCGAGGGAUUCAUGCAGCCAGCCCAAGAAUUCCUGAGGCUCGAUUUUUGACCGGCUGAACACUAAAAAUCCCUCGACGGACGCAGACAACUUGUUAACUCGACCUUCCCAGAGCAAUGUACAUAUAUAUGAUACUUAAUACUUUAUACCUUCUAUCUGCCACGAUCAAGAGUCACAAGCAUUCCGUUUGUAUAAAUGCGGUGUGGAACUUUUCGACUCCUGGAACUUCUUGUGAACUGUUGCUCGCUUAUACUCUGAGUUGGAAGUUCGAGUCUGACUUGUGUUUCUCGUGAUUAAUUCCGUGAAUGCCUCUGGAGAUCGCGGUCUAAUCUCUCGCGCGAAGACCCCGGUCUUCAAGCUUUCAUCGGAAUCCUUCGCAGUCACGAACCUGCGAGCCCCCCAACGACGUUGAGAAUAAUAGUAAUUGAAUUACACAUGCUAUAAAGAACAGUAUUUAUGCGAUGAUCCAAGCACCUUCACAAGGGGAUUAUAUGCAUCCGGGGUUUCAGCGAUCCCCCGAUUCCGACGCGGGAUCUGGCGAACACUGGUCGCGAUUUGAAAAAUUCUCUCUAGCUCGAUUCUCUUGGCCGAAAAUAAUAAACUCUGAUAUCUUGG